GAACUACGUACGCAGGGACUGUCUUCCAGCUACCUCUUAAUGCGCAGAGAGUCACCCAUUCUGGGGACUUCAUGGCAAUGGUGUACAGUGCAAGUGACAAAGAGAGCGUUGCCAUGGCGGCUGGAACACGACUGAAGACUUUGAUACAACCAAUUAACGGAAAUUGGGGAGCAUGGGGAGAAUGGGCCCCUUGUUCUGCGUCCUGCGAUGGAGGGAGUUACUCCAGAAGACGUGCGUGUAAUGACCCCGCCCCUAGUAAUGGCGGGGGAAAUUGUGUUGGCAGCGAUACUCACGUCCAAGUUUGUAACGAUGUCCCGUGCACAACCACGAUCGUUGGACCUCCUGGACCACAAGGACCACCUGGACCUAAAGGUGAAGAAGGUGCCCAGGGCCCUGCAGGACCCCCAGGACCAAAAGGACAACGCGGGCAGCAGGGACCGGAAGGGCCAACAGGUCCUACUGGUGCUCAGGGCCCGGCAGGUAUCCAAGGCCCUCAAGGAGUAUCUGGGGUUCCAGGGGACACAGGUCCCAAAGGUGACAAAGGUGUGAGAGGCCCAGACGGUCCAGUUGGUCUUACCGGACCAACGGGUCCACAAGGCAUAACUGGACCUACAGGAUCUACAGGGGCCAAGGGGGACAAGGGCGAGCAGGGAGUGAAGGGGUCGAAAGGCGACAGAGGUGCAACUGGUAUUCAGGGCAUUAUAGGUCCAACGGGCGCCAAAGGCGACCAAGGUGUUCAAGGACUCCAAGGAUUAAAGGGCGAUAUGGGAGUAGCGGGGCCCAUGGGACCUAUGGGUCCCCCAGGAAAUAAGGAGGUGGACGAAUGCCAGACUAAUAAGGGAGGUUGCAGUCACACCUGUAUGAACUCCUACCUGUCCUAUCGCUGUGUAUGUGACGCCGGGUAUCAGCUGAACGAAGACAAGCAUUCUUGUGCCGACGUGGACGAGUGUGGCAAUGACAAUGGCGGCUGUGACCAGUUGUGUUACGACGCAGUAGGCACCUACGUCUGCGCGUGCCGGGCUGGGUUCAGACUGAGCCCCGACAGACACAGCUGUGAAGAUGUUGAUGAGUGUGCUGUCAAUAAUGGCGGGUGUAAUUCAACACAAAAAUGCGUCAACACUUUGGGGAGCCGAAGUUGCGUGAUGACCAUUUCGUCGUCUGUUGACUCCUUGGCACAAUCGCUGCAGCUGAAGGUCACAGAAUUAACGACACUCUCGGAAACCAUGUCUCAGGUUGUGAAGGACCAGACGGCCGCUCAAUCGUCUGCUCAGACCGGCAACUGUGGCUAUGAUGCUACACUAGUGAAUGGUUACCUCAUCAUGGGCAUUAUUAUAUGGCUGAUUGUGGUCACCUUAGUUCUACUGGGACUAGUUAUAUAUCUGAUUUACAAGAGGGGAAGAGACAAGAAAUGGGAGAAAACGCAGGAAAAACUCUCAAGAGAAUAUUCAUAUUCCAGAAAUUCGCCUUCGAUGUUUUCUGCAGUGAAAGCAUAUUAAUUAAAGGGUUGGCAGAUAAUACAUUUUAAACACGUUAAGCAGUAUGAACGUCUGCUUCGGCGUUUUUUUAUAGUAUUGAAUUUACUUACAAAUUGCUUAAUAAGUUAAAUGCAAAACCAUGCGUUUCAAGUUUUGUGAAGUAUUAAAAAGCAAAUUACAUGUAGUUUAAAGGAAUGUCUUUCGACAUGAUAAAUGUACAUGUAAUGCCCUCCUUAGACUGAUAUACUAAAUUGUGAUAAAUUUAUCAUUACCUUUAUAGAUCUCCUAUUUGUCAAUCGUUUUUAAAUCAAUUUUGAGGAGUUAUUUAUUAUUUAUUGACUAUUCCGUCCAUUCCUGCUAAAUGUACAUGUACAUA